GUGAAAAUGCUCCGAGGAAGAGCUGCUGGAGCUGCUGGAGCUGCUGGAAUCAUCUGAGGAGUGGAUCAGCAGCUUCUCAGGCGCCUUUAAAACAUCAGCGAGGAUCCCGUAGUGUUCAUAAAACACACCAAAGAUUGACCAGCUGGGUUCCUUGUUGUCUGCCAGCCUUGCUCUGUGGUUUACCCAUGCCUCCAUCCUCCCUCGAUGACAGAUUUGUGGUGCCGUUCCAAUUUUAUCUGGACACAACCUACCUGGAAGCCACCGUGGGCACCAUUGUGGUGGAGAUCCAGGUGACCAACCUUACUUAUAUGCCCUCAUCCAGCAGCUCCACCCGUUCCCUGACGUGUGGAUGCAACAGUGCCAGCUGUUGCAUGGUGAGCACUUACGAAAAAGACAGCCAGACGCAGACCCUGACCCAAACACCAAGCCAGGUCAGUACAAGUAGCCCCAACUUGAACUCCGGCGUCAACUAUGGCGGGCACGGAGUUUUCUCCAGGCCGACGGUGGGCCAGACUGAAACCUACAGUGCACCCAGUCUCACUUCUAGCACACCCAGAGCCGGCGUGCGUAUCAUCCACCCGAGCGAGCUGGCUCAGAAGAUGACCUAUUGCCCCACAGGUCAUCCAGUAGGGCCUCUGCCCAUGAUAAUAGACUGUAGACCCUUUAUGGACUACAACAAGAGCCAUAUCCGAGGUGCUGUGCAUAUUAACUGCUCAGACAAGAUCAGCCGCCGGCGUCUGCAGCAGGGCAAGAUCACUGUGCUGGAUCUCAUUUCCUCUCACCAGAGCAAAGACUCCUUUAGGGGGAUUUUUUCAAAAGAGAUCAUUAUUUAUGAUGAAAGGACACUGGACCCAGCUCGACUCUCAGCCUCUCAACCUUUGAGUGUAGUUCUGGAGUCUCUACGAAGGGAUGGAAGGGACCCAAUGGUUCUCCGAGGUGGAAUCUCCAGCUUCAGACAGAGUUAUGAGGACUUAUGUGAGGACUCCCUACAACAUCAGGAGGGUCACGAUGGUGGUGCAGCUGUUGCCCUUUCAGGGGCACUACCUCACACGCUGCCCUCCAGCCCUGACAUUGAGAAUGCUGAGCUGACAACAAUCCUGCCCUUCCUGUAUCUGGGCAAUGAGCGUGAUGCACAGGACCUUGACCAAAUGCAAAGGCUGAACAUUGGGUACAUCCUGAAUGUUACCACACACCUCCCGCUAUACCUCUAUGACCUUGGGAUGUUCAAGUAUAAACGCUUACCUGCCACCGACAGCAACAAGCAGAACCUGCGACAGUACUUUGAAGAAGCAUUUGAAUUUAUAGAAGAAGCUCACCAGGCAGGCCAGGGUCUGCUCAUUCACUGCCAGGCGGGUGUGUCACGGUCUGCCACUAUCGUUAUUGCGUACCUGAUGAAACACACGUGGAUGACCAUGACGGAUGCCUACAAGUUCGUCAAGAUGCGAAGACCGAUCAUCUCGCCCAACCUCAACUUUAUGGGCCAGCUCCUUGAGUUUGAAGAAGAUCUCAACAAUGGCAUCACUCCUCGCAUUCUCACACCCAAGCUGACCGGAGUAGAGACCAUCGUAUAGAUCUGAGAUCCUUUUUUUUUUCACUGGAAGGCUGUCUGUGAAUGGGAUGCAUGCCUGAACAGCUGAAGAUUUAUUUGUUUUUUUUUUUGCUUCAGCAUGGAUUUUGAAGAUGCACGUGUCUUCUUUCUUCUCUAUACUGUUUUUACUGUACCACUAUGACGAGCCUGACGUGGCUUCACUGUGCAAUACUUUGAGUAAAGAAUGCGAGCAUCUGGAUCUCUGCAGUAGGUGAUGUGAACACCUUUGCAGGUCUCUAUGUACAAGAUUCUUUCUAUUUUUUUAUUAUAAUUCUAUUACGUUCAGUUGAAUGUAAAGCCAAUGUUCUUGGCAUGAACCUUUCAUUAGAUUUUUUUCAAACAUUAUGGAAGGUUUCUGUCUGUAUAUCAUACAUACCAAAUAAUAGAACUUUGAUCAAAACUCAAAGGCUGUGUGUUUGUGUAUCUGACAUAUGAAAUACACCAUAUUGCCAAACGUUUUGGGACACCCCUGUACAUCGAGUUCAGGUGUUGAUUUUCAGGGGUUGUGCUCGACCCCCCUCUUAAUGCUUCAGCUUUAUACCAAGACAUUUUGGACAAUUCCAUGCUCUUUGUGGGAACAGUUUGGGGAUGACCCCUUCCUGUUCCAACAUGACUGCACACCAGUGCACAAAGCAAGGUCCAUAAAGACAUGGAUGAGCGAGUUUGAUGUCCAAACUGCUUACAGAGUCCUGACCUCAACCCCAUAGAACACCUUUGGUAUGAAUUAGAGCGGAGACUGCGAGCCAGGUCUUCUUGUCCAACAUCAGUGCCUGACCUCACAAAUGCACUUCUUCUAGAGGAAUGGUCAAAAAUUCCCAUAAACACACUCCUAAACCUUGUGGAAAGCCUUCCCAGAAGAGUUGAAGCUGUUAUGGCUGCAAAGGGUGGGACAACUCCAUAUUACAUUCAUGUGCAUGGAAAGGCAGAUGUCCCAAAACUUUUGGCAAUAUAGUGUAAGUCCAGAUGAGAAAUCUAUGCUGCAUGAACACCUGAGACGUGAAGAUUAAUAGUCAACUAUCGUCCUCUUUAACUGUUACAUGAUCUUUAUCAAAUACUGUGGAUUUGAAUUACACUGUUAACUAAAUAUUGCUCUUAAUAUCAUCUUUUUUUGUGUGCGUGUGUGUGAAUGUAAGAGAACAUCUGAAAGGUUACGGUCUGCUUUUCCAUCAUUAUCUCUGACCUCUAACUGGGAGAGUAGCCAAAAGGUUACAGGAGAGUUGUUUAAUCAGUAAUAAAUAUCGGUAAAUCUAUUAUUUGUUAUAAAUCUAUUAUAAAGUUUCUCUGGUGGUGUUUUGGGUUCUAACAUCUCUCCUGACUUCCUGUUUUCUUUCCUGUUCUUUUAGUGUACAGGAAGAAAUUUGGAAAAUACUUUCCUCCUCAGGAGCUUUACUUUCUCUACAUUAUUAUAUUCAGACUUUUUUUUCUUUAUCCAAAUGACAUUAUAAGAUUAUAAAUCAUUUCAGAAGACACAGCACGAGUUAAAGUCGUUUGUAUUUCCCAACACUGUGGCGUUUUAUUUAAAAUAAAUUUACAUAUGCAAGUAGUACAACAGACAUAAAACACAGGAAAUGAGAUGUUCAGAAAUAAGCAGAAGCUUCAGAAAUGAUCCCGAUGGAAUGCCGAGACUCUGUACUGUGUGUUAUUGUAGGGCUAAAUCAGUGUAAAAUGCAUUUAUCUUACAUUUGUAUUCAAAACAUAUAAUACGAGAUAUUUUCAAAAUGUCUUUUGGUUCUGAUUGUUCACUCGGUGUAUAUACUUUACAUUUUAUUCAUUUUUCAUGAAAUACUCUCUAAACCGUUUACUUUUUCUCUAAACAAAUAUUUUCUGGAGUGUUUACAUUGCCUUGCUGUUUUAUACACGCUGUUAUACGGACAUUUUAUGAGAAUGAAAGAGUGUUGGAUUUGUCAUCAUUGCGUCUCGUUCUGUCUGUGCGUUCCAUCAUUCAUGACAUCAUUCAGCUCGGUUCUCGCACUGGCUCAGAAAAACAAGGUGCUAUAUUAACGGAGGCCUUCGAAACCUUACCUGUGAUACCCUCUGGUACGAUAUUUUCUUUCCCCAAAUUGUUUAUAGUUAUUUUCUCUCAUAUGAUUUGGAAAUAAAACAAGAACAAAAACUGUAUAAUGGACUACUGUGAUUUUU